GCAAAUUUGCAGUACGUAAGUACUUUACAUAUUUUAUUUUGUAAUAAAUUCUCGUUUAGUCGUGUAAAAAAAAGGAGAAAAAUGGAACUCGUGGAUGAAGAAAAUGCAGAAGAAAAAAUUAUGACAAGAAAUCAAUUAAAAUUAUUGGUUAAUGAAAGAUUAAACUAUGAACAAGAAUUUCAAAUGGGUACAAUAAAAAAAGCAGCAUUAUGGAGUACAAUAUUAAUAAAAGUUAAAGAAAAAGAUCCAACAUUUUCAUUUUCAAAAAAUGAAAGUAUUGUAAAAUUUUCGAAUUGUUUUACAACUUAUAAAAGAAUAAAAAAAAGAUUUGGAGAAACAGGAAAAAGUUCCACGAGUUGGGAAUUUUUUGAUCAAUUUGAUGAAGUGUAUGGAGAUUCAUUUUCUAUAAAUCCAAAUGAAAAUUUAUUUUUGAGUUCGAAUGAAGGUGAAGGGUUCGACAAUAAAUCAAAUACGAAUACUAUAUCAUUUGUGGGAAUUGAUUCAAAUAAUGAUAAUGAUAAUGAAAUUUAUAAUGAUGAUAAUUAUAAUAAUAAUGAUAAUUAUAUUAAUAAUGAUAAUAACGAUGAACAUGCGGAUGACGAUAAUACAGAUAGUGAAAGAAACUAUGAAAAUCAACCUAAUCCAAAGAAAAGAAAAUUUAGUAAUAUAGCAGAAGUUAUCAGGUAUGAAACUGAACAAACUGAAAGACAUCAUAGAGAACUAUUAGCUGUUGAAAGGGAAAAAAUAAUAAUUUUAAGACAAGUAAAAGAUUUAAUGGAAGCAUUUUUAAAUUAGAUGGUAACUAGAUAAUGUAUAUGAGCCCUAUUAUUAUAUAUAUUGCCUGGAUAAGUUUCAAUAUAUGAAUGCAAAUAGGUAGAUAAGUAAUAGAAGCAAAUUAAUAGAGGAAAACUGAAUUGAUAAAGUUGACUAUUCUU